ACCACCGAGAAAAUACCAACAUAGCGACGAAUAUGGGUCCUCGUAGGGACGUGGGAGGAAUGUAAAACAAAUAAAUAAAUCCCUUCAUUAAAACUGUAUUGUUUUCAUAAGGAGCUAACUAAAUAGUAUAGAGGAUUUUUUAAAUAUAUAUAACACGCAGGCAUUUGCAACGCUACCUUUACCAGGGUCCGUUCUUACUGAAUAUUUUGCUUCUUUUUUGGAGCGCUAGUUUUACUCAUGCUGUACUGUGAUAUGCCUCUGCAGAUGAUAUACCGGUAAUAUGUUAACAUUUUACAAUAAUUUGGGAGGUUUCCACCAAUCGGACGUGGCUAUAGUUUCAUGAAGUCUUCUGAUUGGUUGAUCUUCAAAGAGUUUGAGGUCAACGCGUGUAAAAGUCGGGCACAUGAGUGCGGCCAAGAAGACAGGAGCUGCUGCUCCCGGGACGGAGUUGUGUCCAUUUUGUGGAAAGCCGUUCAAGAGGCUUAAGUCCCACUUACCUCACUGCAAAAUGGCGUCAGUUGCCGGGGUAACAGCAGGCUCCAAUGGGGUACCACUGUCUGACAGCUCGAAGGCAGGCAGAAAACAACAAGCAGCUGCUAAAAAGAAAGAAAAAGACAGCAAAUUAAAUCUCAAAGAGCCUUCAACCAUUCUGAAAAGCAAGAAAGCAAAAACACAGGACAUCUCCACUCUCCAGACUUCAGAAAUUCCAGCCCCUAAAGUAAAGACAGAGAAUACCAAGGCAGGGGAUAAAGUCGGCAAAGCAGGGCUUCAGAAAAUGUGGAGUAAAGGGCUUAAAAAGCAACAGAACAGCAAAGAGCAGACCAGUAUGAUAUCGUCACUCAAAGACAAGAAAAGCAGCCCUGCAUUGUCAUCGGCACAAGGAGAUGCUCAAGCCACACACAAUACACCGGCUGACACACCAUUAUUGCACCUCAACCAAACUGCUGUUCUGACAAAGGUGGAUAAGCAUGGUUUAGAACAAGUAAUGCAAAACCAGGCUGUUCCGAAACUUAGAAGCAAGCAAACCACGUCAAAACUCCAGGCUUUGGAGUUAGCACCCCUUCAGGGUUCAGAAUCCCGCAGUACUGAUUCUGUAGCAGGGCAGAGUUUGGCAGAACAGACCAGAGUGCCUGCCGUUUCCCCCGGGAAGAGAGUGCUGGAAGUUAAAACAAGCGAAAGCAGAAGCAAAACCAGUGUUUGGGACCACACUAAGUACGCUUUGAUGGGCAACAAAAAUACUGCUGGAUUGUACCAACAGCAGAAUACAUGUAGGGGACAGAAUGUGUUACUGGAUCACAGUAGGGACAGCAAGCAGUUCACGAAAACCAAUGUGUGGGAUCACAUCAGGGAGAACUUUUGCAGCAGGAAUUAUGAUGUAAUCUCCAGGAAGGGCAGCGCAGAGACCAGUGAAAAAGCCGUCCCAGUACUCUCCCAGUCCCUCAGCAAAUCAGCUGGCUCAGAUUUAACACCCAGAGGCUUGGAGUGGCUCCCAGAGCUCCACCCUGGGUACCAGGGAAUAGGAUUCUCCAUGCUCCCAGUGAAACCCUCCCCCUGGCGCGUAGAGGAUAGGCCAUGCCUGCCUGAACAGGACACUAGACAAGUUCCUCUUGCAGAGAGACGGCUGAUGGAGGUGAGGCUGGGGGAGCUGCCCGCCUGGCUGGGGUCUCGGGAGCUGCAGCCCGCCACCGGACUAGCAGCGAUGCGCAGAGGCUGGCAGAGGUAUUACAGCAAGUAUAUAGAUGUGAAGAAGGGUGGGGCUGGCGGUGUGGCGAUGCUGCUGGCUGCAUACUGUGUGCUGAGCUACAGCUGGAACUACCAGCACCUCAAGCAGGAUCGCUGGAGGAAGUACCAUUGAGGGGCUGGCUGUUCUGGCCUGCCAGUUCGACUGAGCGCAGCUCUCUGAAUUAUGAGAACUGGAGCCAUCGCUGGAUUAGUGAAGAUUCUCUGCAAAAUGAGAUGUAUUUAAAUGAACUUAUUUAUGUAUAGUAUUUAUAUGUUGUAGUAUAAUAUCUAUAUCAAACCAUUUACUAUCGAAACAGUUUUUUUAAAUGCAGGCUCUCAGUCUGUAUUAUAUAAGGGAUCUAUUUUACACCCUGUGGUCUCUUCUCUGAGAAAUACUUGAAUACUUAUUUAUUUUUUCAACAGUAAUAACACCUGUCACAUGUACUGUAAGGAAAGAUGAACGCAAACCUCAUCAGUACUGCAAAUAUAAACUUUAUUUAGAAAAUUAACAACUUUAUUAAAUUA